CCCCGCUCCAAGUCAACUCUUUCUCUGCACUUUAAUCAGACGUAAAAAAAGAAGAUUCAACAUCGCCGUCAAUCAAAGCACUCGAAACCCUCAACUGCUCCUGCACCUUGGUAAAACCCCGCCAAAAGACGAAACCGACGACAAACGAACAACAAACAAAAAAAAAAGCCAAAAUGGUGUCGGUCAGCAACCCCAACAAGCCCUCCAAGAACCGGCUCGCGGCCCGCGCGGCCAAGGGCAAAAAGGUGCAGCAAAAGUCGUCGGCAGAGGGCAAGCUGUCGCGGGUGGAGAAGGCGGCGACGAAGCGCGGCGCCAGGCCGGGACUCCUGCCGACGUCGGGCCCCGGCGCAAAGCUGAGCUCCAAGAAGGCGCGCAAGCUGGAGAGGAAGAUGGCGCACGCCAUGAAGCGGAAGAUGGAGGCCGAUGGGGAGGUUGAGAUGAAGGAUGUCACGGAGAAGAAGACUACCAAGUCCAAGGACGGCGAGCCGACGACCGAGGAGAUGGAGGUUGACAUCUCAUGAGGCACUGAGCUCUACCUGACGCAUCAACAAUGCGCUCCGAUGGUGUGAGCUUUUCUCGCAACGGCAGAGCCCGAGGCACACCCGAACAACCGAAUCCUUCGCGGUAACAGCAGCAGGUAGUAGGACAUGGGCCUUGCCAUCAUGGGAGCAAAGUCUGCUUCCGGAGUUUGGUGUAGAUUUUUUUGGGCAAGUUCUAUGAGACUUGCAAAGUCCAUAGGAGUCUUGGUGACUAGGGAAGGGGCAUGCCAGAUCUGUUUCUGCAACAACAGCCCAAGUCGGCGGGGGUGGCCAGAAUAACGGCCGAAAACUGCCAAGAGAUAUUAUGCUAUUAUCACCAUGAUCGGCUUUCGAGCACAGA